AUGUCUGCCACUCCGAAGAAGGCCACCGCCGCCGCCGCUGGCGAGGUGGACAAGAAGAACCGCCACGGUCUGACUGAGAACGAGCUCAGGAUCGCCACUGCUUGCCUCCUCUCUCUCAAGGAUGGAGAUUUUGCGGUCGACAAGGACAAGCUCGCCUAUCAUGGUGGCUAUUCUACCCCGGAGUCUGCACGAGUCUCCACGGGUCCCAUUAUCAAGAAGCUCAAGGCUCUGAUGGCCGACAACGGCGACGGAACUGCCCCGGCCCCUGCUACCCCGAAGGCCAAGGCCACCCCGAAGCGCAAGGCCAAGAAGGACGACGACGGCGAGGCCUCUGCGACCCCCAAGAAGCGCGCCAGAAAGGCGGCUAAGAAGCAGGAGGUCAAGGAGGUGAUCGAGGUCGAGGAGCAGGCUGCUGACCAGUCGGAGGAUGAGGGACACGAUCUGGUUCUCCAGUCUGAGCUCGAGAUCUAA